AUGAAAGUGCACAGCUCGCUUAUGGGAGUUGGCGGUUGGUACGAAUCCUUGGCGGCCGGUUGGCUUGCAGGCAUGAGGAGUAAGCAGGUCCCCACGUCUACCACCUCGGCCAGGCGGCUCGCGGCCUUAAUCCGGCCCGUGGCCGGGGGAGGCGCUGAGGGCAAGCCGUGCGAGGAGGAGGAGGAGCGCGGGGGCUCCCCGCUGGGCCCCGGCGGGCCCUUCUCCUGCAGCCAGUGCCGCGGCGCGUACCCCACGCGUGACCAGCUCGAGCGCCACGAGACGCUCCACACGCCCAGCACUCAGGUGGAUAACAUCAAAUAUACGUGCAAGAUCUGCCACAAGAGCUUCUUAAAUGUGUACCGACUUCAGCGACACAUGAUCAGCCACGACGAAAGUAAGGAGCUUCGCAAAUACAAAUGCAACGAUUGCGAUAAAGCGUUUAAAUUUAAGCAUCAUCUCAAAGAGCAUCUACGGAUACACACCGGUGAAAAACCUUUUGAAUGCGCCAACUGUGGCAAGAAGUUCUCUCAUUCUGGGUCGUAUUCUUCGCACAUGACCUCCAAGAAAUGUCUUGUAAUGAAUCUUAAAAUGGGACGAAUAAAGCCGAACAACCCCGCACUUAACCCUGACCGAAGCCCUUCGCGGAAGCGGGCGAAUGCUAUGGUUGCCUCUCAGUUGAACAAUAAUAUUGGUCCGAAUGGUAACUCUUUCUUGCCUAUUCUUCCCAAAUAUAAUGAUGCGACAGCUGCAUUUUUUGCAUCAAUUUCAAAUCAAGAAAAUAAUUUACAUCGACUACCUCUAGGUCAGCCGGGCUUAAAUCCUUUCUAUAUGCCUCCAGGCAUGCCCAUGAGCCCCGCAAAUGGUAUUGCUCCAUAUAGUUUUCCGACAUCAUUGAGUCAACUUUUCGAGCAGCUAGCUUCUCAACAGUACCAACAAAGAAAACUAGAGAAUCCAAGUCCAAAACAAAUGGGCCUUCCUUCCGCAGAUCCUGAAGAUUUAAUAGAAGAGGUUAUGGAGGAGGACGAUAAAAGAUCAGAGGGUAGCGCUGAGUUAGUCAUGGACAUUGAAGACGAAGAUAAUAUUUCCAUUAAAAAAGAGCAAGAAGAUCGAGAUUGUGAUCAAAAACCAUCACCUCGUGCUUAUGAAUCCGUCCCUGUUAACAACAACAGUGCCGAUAUUGACAAUAAUCAAACUGGCUUUAAUACGAUACUAGAUUCUGUUAGCGCAUCUGUAACAAAACAUUUCUUUAGAGCUGAUAUGGAUAAGCCGGAGAUACCGGUCUCUGUCCUGAUCUCAUAUCCCAGUUUAGAAUCACCCUUAACACCGCAUGUUACAGUUAAAGAAGAGCCCGAAGAUGUUCAUCGUUGUUUAAAAUGUAAUUUGACUUUUAAUGACAAAAAUGAACUUCUAGAACAUGAAAAGGUGUUGUGCGGAAAUAUGUUUAGAAAACAUGAAGGGUUAGCUGCCCAAGUGGCUGAAACGGUAGCACUAAAUCGAUUAGAAGCUGAAAUGCGAGCAUCUAUUCAGAGUGGUGUGAGUGCGAGUGAAGAUGAAGACUUCGGCAAAGAUGACCGGGAUGACAAGGCCUCUCUCCAUGACAGUGAUAGAAAAAUUAGAGUUCGUACAGCAUUGAGCGAGGAACAACAAACCGUGUUAAAACAGCACUACGCUAUUAACCCUCGACCAAAUAGAGAGGAAUUUAAAAAAAUUGCUCAACAGAUUGGUUUGGACAAUAGAGUUGUACAAGUAUGGUUCCAAAAUAAUAGAGCUAGAGUUCGUAGAAUGACUCAAGCAAUAGCGAUUUCAGAUCAACCACUAGACCUAUCAACGAAAAAGUCAAAUGCAUCGGUUACAUCGAGUCCCUCGCCGUCUCCACCGUGCAGCAUUUCAGUAACACAUUCCGAUUCAGAAGAAGCUGUCAAUUUGAGUCAAAAGUCGUCACGCAGCACAACACCACAUCGUUCAAAUUACUUGAACACGUAUCCACAUUCCAACUGCUCCUCUUCCUCUGUCACUGAUUUUCGACUUUCGCCUUCACCGGGUGAAACAAUUAGUGGGCAAAAAAGAUUACUAUCUCAGAAGAUGCCCCUAAACCCUAUGAUGCCCAUGGAUAAACUACUUCAAUACAAUGACAUGACAAACGGUCGUUCCCCUUUACUCAACAUGCAUAUGGCGGACAGCAGACAAGAUUCAAGUCCAUCCUAUGAUCGACCGCCUUGGGGAGAUGAUCAAACACAUAUCGAAUUUGAAGAUGAAACUUCAGUACUUAAAAAAAGCAAGUUAAAGGUUGGAAAUGACCUUAAAGAAAGUGAGGGUCAAUUUGUCUGCGAUCAAUGUGACAAAACAUUUGUAAAACAGAGUUCCCUUGCGAGACAUAAAUAUGAGCAUUCAGGCCAACGUCCUUACAAAUGCCUGGAAUGUCCCAAAGCCUUCAAACACAAACACCACUUAACCGAGCACAAGCGCUUACACACUGGAGAGAAACCCUUCCAAUGUUGCAAGUGUUUAAAGAAGUUCUCCCACUCCGGCUCCUACAGUCAGCACAUGAACCACAGGUUCGCGAUCUGCAAGCCCUACAGGGAU